GGGCGGGGCGGCGGGACCAGGACGGGACAUGUUGCCCGGCAAGUACCGGGCACGGCAGCUCGGAAACGCGAUUAAUACUUGUAGUCUUCAAUUAACCGUGCAAGCUUCAGCUGUCGGGGAUCGAUUAUCCCAGAAGCAGCAGCUUGAUUAUAAAGUAAACAAGGAGCUCCUUUCUUCACAUAAGCUUUUAAGUGUAGAUGGUGACAAGAAUUUCCAUGGCAAGCCAGAAGUAACAUGCCAUGAUGAUUCACUUCGCCACUCCUCGGAACCAUUAUCGAAGGGAACAACAGCUGGGGAUGUGCUAUCACAUAGUCCCAGUUCAACAAAAUGCAGGUCUCGACAGGGCUCUCAAAGUGCUGUGCCUUCCCCAUCUCAUGGUCAAGGAACCUUGCCGUACUUACCAGGUGAUAAUGUCAUUUUCUCUGAGCUUCCUUCAACACCUGGAAUACCUGUUGUAUACCGCACACCUGAGCAGCGGGCAGAGUAUUCGGAUAGACUAAAUUUAGACAGGCGAAAUCUAACUGUUUGUCCGAUAUUGGAGGGCGAGCAACAACUUCGCUUGUUAAAUUUCCAGCACAAUCUCAUCACUCAGAUACAGCACAUUUCCAAUCUUCAUCGGCUUAUCUUUUUGGACCUAUACAACAAUCAGAUUGAGGAAAUCUCAGGCCUUUCUUCUCUGAAGUCACUUCGUGUCCUUAUGUUGGGCAAGAACAGAAUCAAGAAUAUUUCAAAUCUGGAGAAUCUGACUGACCUUGAUGUGCUAGAUCUGCAUGCAAACCAGAUUUCUAGGAUGGAAAACAUUAAUCAUCUGACCGAACUUCGAGUGCUAAAUCUUGCAGGAAACCUCAUUGUUCAUGCUGAAAAUAUGAACGGCCUUGAUUCACUGACAGAACUCAAUCUCAGACGCAACCGCAUCGAAACUGUGAGAGAUGCAGACACAUUACCUUGUCUCCAAAGAUUUUUCCUCAGCUUUAACAACAUAUCCAGAUUUGAGAACAUUGCUUGUCUGGCAGACUCUUUAUCGCUUUCUGAGGUCACCCUGGAUGGCAAUCCCAUAGCUCAGGAGUCAUGGUACAAGCAUACAAUUCUCCAACACAUGGUGCAGCUCCGACAGUUGGACAUGAAGAAAAUCACAGAAGAAGAGAGGCGAAUGGCGUCAGUCAUGGCCAGGAAAGAAGACGACAAAAAACGUGAAAUCCACAAACAGGCUAUCUUGAAGGAGAAACGGCGUUUGGCUAUCAGUAACGCUGCCAGACAGUGGGAGAUGCAGCAAACCAUUGCCACAGUCAAGGAUGCACAGCCAGCACAAGUGAAACCUCCCUGCACAGCCAGUAACAUCAGUAUUCACAAGCCAUGUCACCUCAAUGAGUGUGAACAUGAAUUGUGGCCACAUGAAUCAAGCCAACUGAGUCCCAAAAGCAGCAUUAGAAAGGAAAGAGCAGAAAACAACAAACAAGAAUUCACUAAACCUGAAAAGCCCCAUAACGUAAGGUCGCCUGAAGGGAUGCUGAUCUCUGGAGUGCAAGGACUAUCGAUUGCAGAAUCUCACCUGGCCGAGCUGGAAAGAGAUACGCUGCACUUGUAUGGGUUUGGUGCUCUGGAAUCCCUGGAACGCAGCUGGGGUGUUCAGACUGCUGCCGCUGUCACAACAGUCUCUUUCAUGUUUAUUGACUUCGAUGAGAUUAUUCCCAUGUUACCACGUUUAAGGAUUAAAUUCCCAAAUAUUUUGCACUUCAAGUUCCAAGAUACAAAUCUUCACAAACUGCAGCAGUUUAAUGCACUGGCACUGGGUCGCCGAUUGGACCAACUCACUGUCAGUCCUCAGGGGAACCCAGUGGUGAACUUCAGUCUCUGGAAGUAUUAUGUCCUCUUCAGGCUCAAUCAUUUUGGUCUUCAAAAAAUAAAUGGUGUAGAGGUAACUCCCAUGGACGUAGUAAUGGGUGAACGACUCUUUGGGAUAUUAGCACGUGUGGCUGCUUCACAUCUCCCCCAACCUCGACUACUUUCAUUACUUGGAGAAAUCAAAAAGAAGCAACUGAAUUUCAUACUGGAAGGGAAAGGAAAGAAACCUGGCAUUGUGAUGGAUGAGUGCAAGGACAACAUAAAGCUUGGAGGCGAGAGCAUAGGUCGUGCCGUCCUGAAUUACUUCAAUAAGGACAUCACCACAGAACAAUUAAAGGAAACUAAGAUGUUCUGCCAAGUAUACGUGCAGGGACUGGUUAAAGAUGCAGCCCUUAUUGAUGUUAAAAAUGAAUCCCUACACAAGCUGUGGCCACAGAUCUUCAUUGAACUUGUGCGAGACUGUGUCAUCCAGAUGAGCAAUAAAAACUCUCAUAUGAAACUGUGCCUGAAGAACAUAAUGGAACAGAAAUGAAGAGAACAGCGGAAUACACUUCAGCUUUUGUUCACAUACAUCCUCUGCCAUUGGAGAGCUGUCAGCACCUGAAUCACACCAUCUGCAUUUACAAAGUCCACGGAAUUGUUUCUUCAGCAUUUGGACUUCAUUAGAACAAGUAUUGCCAAAUCACAGUUUUUAAGAAACCUGCAUUAAGAAACUGAAAUCACAUUGGGGGUGUGCAUACCAUUGAAAAGGAAGCCAAAGCCAUUGUUAAACCAGACUUCCCCUUUGAUUGCGGGUACACAGAACAGUGCCGCAGAACAGACUGCUUAUGUAGGUAUUCCAUUGAGAGUGGCACUGCUAGUAUCACCUGCUGAUUGUGGGUUUAGACCAAAGGUGUGCUAACUGAAUGUUUUUUCCUCUGAUAACAUGUUAAGGUGUGCUCGGAUGAUGUAGUGCUUGUACACAGAGUCACAACUUGUGAAUUCCAACUCACUGUUUACUCAUUAAUGUUGCAGAUAUGUGGAUAUGUAGAGCUCACUGGGGAUCUCUGGUAAAAAUCAGUUUCUUGCAAGGUGUUACACCACAGCAGUUUAAUGGUAGAUUUUAUUCUAAUUAGGAUAAUUUCUUGUCUAGAUUUGAAUUGGAUAAAGCUUGAAAAGUGAACUGCAAAUGAUCUGUCAGCAGCAGAAUUGUUCCUAUUUUAAUAAUAAGUGGGACUGAGCCUUUUCCAGGAUCAUUGUGGAACUCUGAGGGUACUUGGCCUAUUUCAGGUUUGCACAUCUGUCUGGGAUUGCUUUAUGUGUGCACCAUGGGAUCCAUUGUUUGUCUGUUCAUUGGCUUCACUUGGUCCCAAGACUUUCAGCCAUUAGAUUAGGCACCAAUUACAGUCACUUGUGGGAACCAGAUUUCCACAGUAAUUGUGUUCCAUGUUCUUUGUUUCAUUAGGCAGGUGUCACUAUUAACUCUUGACUGAAGAGGAUUUUACAGUGUGAUUUUUUUUUUUGCCAAAUCCACUUUAUCUAACUGAAUGAAAUUGGAGAUUGGAUGCUGUUUUAGUGUUUAUCAGACUACUGCAGGGAAAAGAGCAAAUAUUAUGCAUAGCUUUGAUAACAUUUGAUGUUUAAUAGCUAACUUCUUGUCUCACUACAGAUGCACAGGAUGAAAUAGGUCAUCAGUCUUGGUCAAUUUGACUCUUCAGUUGGACUUUAACUGCACUUGAACCUUAACACCAUCUAUCUGCCUCUGCUCCACAAUCUUCAAUAUCCUUUCCCAACAAAAAUCUAACAAUCUCAGCAAAACUGUGCCCAAGACCAACUGUGUUAAAAUUAAAAUAUUAUCCAAUGAUGUGGUAAUUAAAAUAGCCAACUCACCACAUCAAGUCUUUAAUGCCAAAGAUGUACCAUUAUUUACUUCAUUGAAUGUCCCAUCAUGAAUUUGAUUUAAGGCAGUACACACAUUAACAUUAGGUUGGUUGCAGUACACUAGGCACUAUGCUGCAGUAGGUCUGUCGUUGGGUACUUGAUGUGGAUUUAUUCUGGUGUUGUGUGCCAAGUGUGCAUUAGAUCGAUGUUGGGCACUUCACAUGCCUUCGGUCUGGGCAUUGAAUAUACAUCAGAUCACACUGUAUGCUUGUUGGCAAAAUGCACAUUUGUCCUUGGAGAAGUUAGUUGACUGAAAAUACAAGAAGUUACAUUUGACAGUUUAAGUAAAACAGUAUGAGAUUUUAAAAAAAUGUUUUAGCUUUUCACCUGAAAAGUUGGCAUAAUUUGCUUGGAAUUGUUCUGUUCUGUUGGGGAUCUGUACUGGAGGUUUCUCUGUUCAGUGGUGUGUGAUACAGGAAACACAGAAUUAAUCAAUUCAGAAUUUCUGGUUUAUGAGUGAGAUUUUAUCAUUUCAAUAAUUAAUCAAAUAUUCAAUUUAAAUUCGGUCAGUGACUAGGCUGACAUCAAUUGUUGAAAUUUACAUACUAUUCAUUAUUCUAAUAUUUUAUAUGCUUGUUUAAUUGAUGUAAUGCACUAACAAUGAUUUUCAGACUACAUAAUUGCCAGUACAUUGUUUAUUUCUCAAUG